AGAACCGCCUCUCAGACCCAGAGCCCUGUGUCUGACUGGAAACCGGUGUGUAACGGUUCCUGCUUGUGGUUGCUUCCGUUUUAGAACCCUGGGGUGCGAAUGUUCUUCCCGUUCAAGGAUCAGGGCAAAGCGGGACUCUCAGCUUAGGGUACCCGGGUCUCACCUGGUCACCAUGAAUAACCAGGCGCGGAAGCCCGCUCCCUCCCCAGCCCGGGCCAACACCCCUUCCCGGACACCGACUCCCAUCCGAACCGCUACCCCAGUCAGAGUCUCGAACCCGGCUCAUAACUCGACUCCGGUCCGAACUUCCACCCGGGCCCCGGUCUCGACCAUGGCCCACAAUCCGAGUCCGAUCCGAACCUCCACCCCGGUCCGAGUUCCUGCCCAGGUCCCGACCCCUCCUCCAAUCCGGUUUCCAACCCCAGCUCCAACUCAUGCUCCAGCCCGGUCCCCAGCACCGGUGCCGACCCCAGCACCAGUGCGAACCCCAGCACCGGUGCGACCCCCAGCACCGGUGCGACCCCCAGCACCGGUGCGACCCCCAGCACCUGUCAGAGCUCCCAAACUAGCCCGGGAGUCCUUGCCGAACUCGGCCUCACCCGUGGUUCAGCCCUCUUCUUCCAGGCAUGAGAGCUCCCUCUCGAAGGGUCCCACACUCACUCAAAAGGAGGAAUCCUCGACCCACAUCCCAGCGGAGGGCAUCCAGGAUCCCUUUCCGGUGCUCACUGCCGUGGCCUCCAAGACACUGGGCUCCACCCAUCAGUUAGACGCCAAGGCCUCCAGUACAUCGGGCCCCACUCCGGGCCCCAUCUCUGCACUACAGUUCUUUACCACCCAGCUAAAGGAGGACCCUGCUCUGGGUCGGAUCCCCACAAUUUCCCCAUCACCCAGCUUCAUCUCCACCAAGGCGGUCCCCUCGACCAGCGACAACUCCCCAGCGGCCAACAGAAUUUUGAUUCGUGUGACUUACUGUGGCCUCUGAAGCUAUGGCCUUCGGUUCAUUCUUCUGAAAAAGACCCUGGAGCAUCACUUUCCAAACCUUCUGGACUUUGAGGAGGAAAGAGCUACCGAGAAAACAGGGGAGUUUGAAGUGUUUGUGGACGGGAAGCUAGUCCAUUCCAAGAAGAAAGGCGAUGGGUUUGUGGAUGAAACCGGUCUGAAGAAACUCAUGGGUAUUAUCGAUGAGGAGAUCAAGAAAAGGUAG